CGCCGCCCCCCAGCUGGGGCCCGGCCGGGCGCAUCCGCGACGCCGCCGACCUGCUGCUGCACAAGGACGGCGCCGUCUCCGCCCGCGGCGAGUACGGCGUGACCGAGCUCCCGCUGACCUUGACGCCCUCUGCUGAAGCACAGAUGGUGCAGUCUCUGGGCUUUGCGAUCUACCGAGCACUGGACUGGGGUCUGGACGAAAACGAGGAACGGGAGCUCAGCCCGGAACUGGAGCGCCUCAUUGACUUAAUGGCCAACAGCGAUUCCGAGGACAGCGGCUGCGGCACAGGCGACGAAGGCUAUGGCGGGCAGGAGGAAGAGGAGGAGGCGGUGGUGGAGGGGACCCUGAGGGCCGUGCGCACCUUCAGCCAAGCCAUGCGGCUCUGUGCCGUCCGCUUCGCCCAGCCCCAGGAAGCCGAGGCCCACUAUCAGGCGGUGUGCAGGGCCCUCUUCCUGGAGACGGUGGAGCUGAAGGCGUUCCUGGCCAAGAUCCGUGACACCAAGGAGAUGCUGACAAAGUUGAAAGCUGAAGAUGACAAGCUGAGGGACCAGUCGGCCGCAGACCUGGAUAACCUGAGGAACACAGACUGGGCUCGGCUUUGGGUCCAGCUUAUGAGGGAGCUCCGAAACGGAGUCAAACUCAAGAAAGUCCAGGAGAAGCAGUUCAACCCGAUGCCUACGGAAUACCAGCUGACCCCCUUCGAGAUGCUGAUGCAGGACAUCCGGGCCCGCAACUACAAGCUCCGCAAGGUCAUGGUGGACGGCGACAUUCCUCCCAGGGUGAAGAAGGAUGCUCAUGAGCUCAUACUGGAUUUCAUAAGAUCCCGUCCGCCCCUAAGACAGGCUUCGGAGCGGAGGUUGCGCCCCAUGCCUCAGAAGCACAGGACGCUCCACGAGAAGAUUCUGGAGGAGAUCAAGCAAGAGCGGAAGCUGCGGCCGGUAGAACUGCGGUUACAGAAUCAGAAAGGAUUUGGCUCGCUGCCCUGCCUUCUAAACGCCUGCUCCAGCGACGUGAAGUCGACCUCCUGCAUCAACCUUUCCGCCUCGGACCCCAACGCCCCACCCCAGCGCCCGAGGCCGAGGAUCUUGCUGAAAGCCCCCACGCUGGCGGAGAUGGAAGAAAUGUUCACUUCCGAAGAGGAAGACUCGCCCGUCUCGGAGGCCGUGCAGGAACCUGGCCCGCUGAUGCCCCUGAAGCGUGACCGCUCCUUCUCUGAGCAAGACCUGGCCCAGUUUCAGAAUGAAAGCGACAGCGGCCAGCCCGGCCUGGAGUACUUGGGACCCAGCGGGUCUGAACCGAGACCCCGCUCAGGUUCGGUUCCAGCCAGCUACCAACAACAGGUCCCCUACAGUGCCAGUCCUUUCCCCCCUAAACACAGCGUCCUCAGCGCUGUGGAUGAGAAGCCGGAGGCGGGUUCCGGUCCUGCCCCAGAUCCUAAUUUGAAACAUUUGUGGUUGCAGGAAUUCAGCCACCCAGUUGAGAGCCUGGCACUCACCGUGGAGGAGAUGAUCAACGUGCGGCGAGUGCUGGUGAAGGCAGAGAUGGAGAAGUUCCUGCAGAGCAAGGAGCUGUACAGCAGCCUGAAGAAAGGGAAGAUCUGCUGCUGCUGCAGAACCAAGUUCGCUCUGUUUUCCUGGCCUCCGACCUGCCUCUUCUGCAAGAGGUCUGUCUGCAGCUCCUGCAGCUUGAAGAUCAAGAUGCCGUCGAAGAAACUGGCCCAUAUCCCUGUCUACGCCCUGGGCUUUGAGACCCUGCCAGGCUCGCUGGGUGCCAAGGCGCCCCCAUUCCGGAGGAGGGAGGCUUUCCACUCCCUGCAGGGCACGCGCUGGCGCAGCGUGGAGGAGGAGUUCCCGUACAUCUACGCCCCCGGCUCCGUGCUGAAGGACGUUUGCAGCGACUGCUCCGGCUUCGUCACGGACGUCGUCAGCUCCAGCCGCAAGAGCAUGGACAUCCUGAACAGGACGCCGUGCCGCAGCCGCAAGACCCAGUCUCUCUACAUCCCCUCCAGCUAA